ACAAGCUGCUCUGCGCAGGAGACGCACGAGAGUGAGACUCGGCAAGGAAGUGCACUUAAAACUCGAGCAAGACAAAAGACACACUCCAAAACAAUCCUGUGGACAUUUUACAAACAGGAUCUUACAUGACAGCUGCUCUAAGGAAGCACAUUCAUCGAGAGUUUUAGAGGCAUCGAUUGUGUGAUAUUGGGAUUGUACUUCUUUCUUUUUUUAACAACAUUUUUAAAUCUCUGGAUAUUUGAAAGUUUACCCUUCGUUUUGUUGUCUUCAUCGUUAACAUAAUGCGCUAACGCGUUUAUGCCUCAGCGGAUAUGUCUGACACGUCCAGAGAGCAAACGCUGGCCAAUGGCCCGGCCUCGCAGGGAAUCGAAGAGAGCACCGGUGGCGGAGGUGUCUCGAGCUCCGAGCACUUCGCCUUCCCUCAGCCGAGCGAAGGGGACCCGUUAAGGGGAGGGAUUUCCAUGUCGAAUAGUCACCAGUCGAGGUCACCGAUGUCCCGAACUUUCUCCAGGUCCUCUAGUGGCUAUUUUUCCGUCGACAGCGAUUCUGUGCCAGGUUCCCCUCUAAUGCCUAAUAUUUCCGAAGCGCAAGAUGGCCAAAAUGAUGAGGUAUGGUUCGCCGAACAUAGCCACCAGCCCGCGCAGACGGUAGGACCUGUUGAAGCCAUGCGGCCAGAGAUGGUGGUCGCUCGGGAGCUGCGGCGCAUCGGAGACGAGUUUAACCGCCUGUACUGUCAUGGGGCUGGUCCAGGCGGGAACAACGCGGCCCAGCUGCACGCUCCCAACGAACAUCCCAUCGUCGUGUGGAUGAAUGACGUCAUUGCACGUCUAGUACAGUUUUUCCUGCGAAGAAGAUGAUUGACACAUUGAAUGCCCAGCAGACGUGUAGCAAACAUGUAGCAUCCCCCUCUCCUGACUGUAUAUUUGUAAAUAAGGGAUAACAGCAGUGCUGCUCAUCCGCAACCUCUCCGGGUUUCGGCGUACAGUUUUGGACCUGUCGGGAUGUGUGCAGAUCUGGACGGAUAUAUUAAUUGGGAACCCUCGGCCAUCCAUAGACUGACUCACAGCAGAGUUUCCUGCGUUCACAUGGAAAGCUGAGCCAUUAGAUGCUGUGUUGACGUGACAAUUGUGGAGGUUUUUAUUGCACCGUAUGAACCCCAUGCGGAGUGUGGAAACCGUGCCUUCAUUGCCUGUUUGCCCUUGACAUGCCUCUCCUUUCUUGUCUUCACCUAUCUGUCUUUUUUUCUUCAUGGCUUUUAUAUUUAUUUUUCACUGUAUUUAAUUUGUACAUCUUGUGUAUAAUUUCAUGAACGCGGACGUUAGUCGGUCAAGCGAUGACAUUAUUGGUUCUGCCUGUCCUUCGCGUGUUUUUAUUGGCUCCAGGUUUGCACUUGCGUUUGGUUUGCGUAGUCUAUACAAAUCGGAUGAAAUAUAAUAUACUAAUCCCAUAACAGAAAAUGAAGUUGAUUUGAGACCAAAAACAUCAACAAUAUAUAGAUAUUUUACCUAUUCUUUCAAAAACUGUUUGCAUGAUGAAUGAACUUUCACCAGUCUUUCAUGGAUUUAACACUGGCUUCCGAGUUACACGUUACAAGCCAAAUAAUGAAAGACCUUUUCACAUGACUCAAGUCAACAUUUCCCAAUAAACUGAACUCUUAAAAAGCUUGAACGCAGGUCAAACAUUGUAACCUUUGGUACAAGGGGAAGGGACAUUAUAAAAUGUAAAAUCUGGCUCAUGAAUAUUAAUUAGGUGAGAUGAUGGCAUUCACUCAGUAGUCUAUAUUGAUUUGCUUAAAGGCAGACAUUGGCAAGUAGGCACUAGUAUAAGUUGUAGUUUGUCUGCCAAGUAAAAAUGACAAAAAUAAAUAAUGAUUAUUUCCCAAGAGAUCGCAACCUUAAAGCGCGGCUACAUUUACCGUUGCUCUGUGAAAUUUCGCAGGCGAAAUCCAGUCAUUUCAAUACACGUUCGGGAGUUUCGUGUGAUUGCGAAAAACCCGUGCAGAUUUUAUUCAUGUUCAAGUUAGUCAUGCAAAUUAGCUGCUUCGACUGACAGAAAGCUGCUUGGUCUGAAAGUGACUUCUCUGUGAGCAACACUAUUAACAAUAGACUAUAGAUUUUUGCCUGCGAAAUUUAGCUAACGUAACCGCACCUAUAGAGUUAUACCCGUUGAUAUGUCCUUACAGAGCCUCGCAUAUGACAUGUAGGAUAAAAAAUCCCUCAAUUUUCUGAAUCGUGCGCACAAUUUACUAUUUUGUUUCCUCGAUUUGCUAAAUUGUGCGGACGAUUUACUAUUUCAUUCCUGCGAUUUGCUAAAUUGUGCGGAUGAUUUGCUAUUUCAUUCUCGCGAUUUGCUAAAUUGUGCGGACGAUUUACUAUUUCAUUCCCGCGAUUUGCUAAAUUGUGCGGAUGAUUUGCUAUUUCAUUCUCGCGAUUUGCUAAAUUGUGUGGAUGAUUUUACUAUUUAAUUACUGCGAUUUGCUAAAUUGUGCUCACUUUUUACUGUUUCAUUCCCGCGAUUUGCUAAAUUGUGCGGAUGAUUUACUAUUUCAUUCCCGCUAUUUGCUAAAUUGUGCGCACAAUUUACUAUUUCAUUCCCGCGAUUUACUAUUUCAUUCCCGCGAUUUGCUAAAUUGUGCUCACGAUUUACUAUUUCAUUCCCACGAUUUGCUAAAUUGUGCGAAUGAUUUGCUAUUUCAUUCUCGCGAUUUGCUAAAUUGUGCGGAUGAUUUUACUGUUUUAUUCCCGCAAUUUGCUAAAUUGUGCUCACUUUUUACUAUUUCAAUCCCGCGAUUUGCUAAAUUGUGCGGAUGAUUUACUAUUUCAUUCCCGCGAUUUGCUAAAUUGUGCGCACGAUUUACUUUUUUUUCUUGCAUGUCAUGUGUGGGGCUCCAUAGUCCUUACCAAUAAUGUAACGUUUAAAUUUCGAAUAAUUUUAACUCUCAUCAUCUCGUGUCAUAUACAACACAACGUCCUGAGCAGUGUAUAUACGUUUUGCUUGUCAUUUUCCGGUUAUAGGCUCAAAUGCACGUCAAGCCUCUUGUUUACUUUCACUUUAUUCUGCUUCGCCAGUGCUCUGUCUGCAAUGCUUUUCAUGCAAAGGUCAAAGUGUGGCAUUGUUUAGAGUCAUGUGAAAAGGUCUUACGAACACCUUCAGGUACUAGAACAGUGUAUGAAUUAUUUUAUGUAAGUGAAUACCAGUCAAAAUUAAUCACAUUGGACAGGCAAAGGUAGUGAGUAUGUGUAACUAAUAUGGACGUAUUUGUUAUUUUAACGUCAUAAACAUUCAACAUUUGGUAUUUUGGUUUGUUUGAUACCUUGUUUGGUCUUUAUUAGAGAUGGGAAAUGUGAGCAUAAGUGAAAUUUUAAUGAUUCCAUUAAUGUUCCAACAGAUUGUGCUUAUGCCUAGUUUUGUGAAUCUAGUUUAGGUCAAGGGGUUUUUAUGUGGAUUUUAUCAUUUAGUUAGUUGCUGUUGCAAACAGCUUUAUCCCAAAGUGAUCAUACAUGUGAAAAAACCUGCAAUAAAGUGCCUUGCUCAAUGGAGCAGGAUUUUUUUAUUAUUACACCAAACUUGGGAAUGAAUUUGCAACCCUUAAUAGUUAAUUGCCCUUGUCCACUAGUAGUGCACACUUUUCAACACCAGCAUUACCCCACUUCUAACAAACUGGCUUGACUAAUUGACCUUUAACUAGCCUCAGGGACUAAGAGAAAUACGCCGACGUAGAUUUCUUGAACAAACCAGUCUUCCAUCUUUAUUUCGGUGUAUUGGUUCUCUUCCUGGCUUUGCUUUUUAUCACCAUUGUCCCAGUAUUCCAGUAAACAAUGCACAAGGCUCAGGACGAGUCAUCAAGUAUGUUGGUAUAAUACUGUGUUUUAUAGUUGCAAAGAAUUAAGUAAAUAUGAACUGAUGUGUUGACUACCUACCAUGAAAGGUAUUGCUGAAAGUUUAAGAAGUAAAUAUAUAAGAUCCGUCGGUUAGACGUUCCACGUGUGGAAGAUGCAUGGCCCUGUGUUAUCAUAUGCAUUUGUUUGUAUGUCGGUUUUAUAGUUUCUCUUUGCCAAAAUGACAAUUGUCUACCGUUCCAGGUUUACCACUCAAACCAAAGACCUCGUUUUUCAAUGCUACUGGCAUUGUGCGUUGUGUCAUGCUCUAUGUUUUCGUUCUCUGCCUUUGCUUAAGGAUUCUAGCAGCAUACUCUUUGAUUCCAGAACAAACCUUUUUUUUCUGAGGGAAAUCCAUGAAUUUCAGGCUAACCUGUGUAUCUCCCACUGGACCUCUAACUGAGUCUUUUCAGUCCUGUUGCACUGAACACCCGCAUCGCCCAAUCUGACGCCACCCAGGACCCAGUACAUUUGUAGCACAAUGAAAAUUUUUGUUUUUGUUUGUUUUGUCUGUUAAAUGCAUCUUUUUGUAUUUUGCACUGAACUUGCUCUGUGCUCAUUUGUGCAAUACUGCUGUAAAUAAAAGCCGCUUUUUUCAACUUUCUAAA